AGUGCCAGUUUGUUUACCGCGGCCGCUUAGCUGUGUUGUCCGUUUCCGUGUGUCAUGUCGUCGUCCCGUCGUUGAUCGUCGCCGCAUCGGUGUGGCCUGACAAUCGCCUCUGUCGUGAUCGUUGAUCGUAUUGCUUUUAAUUCGUGGCGACCGUCUCGCUUGUCCUUACGAUAUUUUAUUUUCGUCCCGAUAUUCCCGUCCGUGGAACGGUUCGCUCGUCCCACUGCGUUUCGCAUUACGGCGAUAUCAACGUUGAAUCGCAGGAACCCAAUAAAAAUAUCCUGUCGUGUCGUCGAUUUCCCGUGUACCUGGUACAUACCUGAACGCCAGUUCCUCGGCACCGUGUACCGAAAGUGUUGCGUCGCUAUCUGUGGUCUCCGUCUGUGUUUUUAAAAUAUUCUUUCGUUUGCGGACCUCGAGACUUAUCGUACCCGGAUGACCGUCAAAGUGAGUGCUGUAAAAAUUGCUCUCCUAAUGUGCAGAUAAUUGAAUCACAAUGGUCGUGUUACCGGUAUUUGGGCUACUCAUAACUGUUGCAGUCCAGAGGAUAUACGGUGAAUGCGAGUUUCCUGCCCAAUGGUCCGGUCGAUGGUUUCAAUCUGGCGUGAACCAUUACAUCAAUAUAAAUACGACCACCAUCACAACCAAAGGAGAUUGCGUUCAAAACGUUAGUGACAAGUUUCUGAUCGAAGACAGGGAAGAAGACUGCAGAAGGUGCCUGGUGAUCACGGAAAAACACCAGAACGUGAUACAGUACAAAGAAAACGCAAUAUGCGAAAAACGCAGCCUCGACGAACUGUGCGGAGAGAUUACCAGUGACGCUCCGCUCUACUCGAUGUUCAGGGUAGAUGCCACUCCGAUCCCGUGCCCGUUUGAUGGGCUUCAAGCGCCGUUUCAUUUCUCGUAUAGCCGUGGUGGUUACACCGAAUGCAAGUCGCCGGUUUCAAAAGCCGAUUCGUGUACGUCAGACUCGAGGUUGAUGCUCAAGUUUCAAGCUUGCCCGGACGUCCAUAACACUGAGAGCACAGUCGAGGAACUCUUGUGUUUGGCCACGUGGAAAGACGGCUCAACGAAGUACAUGAUCGGUAAGCUGGAACACGCUCCUACGUCAUCAGACGAAGAAAAGUACCGGUGCUUUGUGGUGGGCAAAUCGAUUGGUGGUACGUUCGACAUGGCCCAAUCAGGUGAUGCGACGUGUAAUGGUAUGUCGUCGCCCACUGACGGGUCAAGAACGAUGAAGUUCGUCAGAGCUGAGAGCCACCACCACCACGGAGUUGGUUCGGGUUGCCGAUACCCAUCGUGGUUGACCGAACACCACACCUGGCACUCAUUGAACCACGGUCACGUUUACCAUUUCUCGCCAAGAAACGGCACGUUGCGGAAGAGCAUCCCAGGGGCUGGCCCGGACCACGACAUCCGCGCCGCGUGUUACAAGGUAAUCAACGUCACCGAUAACAAGGCGCUGAUCAUCACGCAUUACACUAUCGGCUGCCAAAGCGGAUAUGCGUGCAUGGGGUUUUAUCGCCGUGACAGCCAAGUUGUUGAGGUCCAAGAGAGUGAAAACCCGACGGAGAACGCAGACGACGCUUGUCGGCCAGACAACUUCCACUCGCAGCAGUUGACGUUCAGCACGUUAGUGCCUCCGGUGCCCAAAGGUCGCGAGUGUCCGUUCCUCGGCCGUUACGAGAUCAGCGGCGGACUGAACGCCGAAGACGUGGGCAAAGCGCUGGCCGCCAGCCGGCCCGGUAGCGAGAACAACCAAGACAAACCAUCGAUCCCGUGCAACCCACCCGGCAAACAGUACCUGACCAUCGGCUGCAAUUCGCCGGACACCAUGGAGUUCCAGUCGGAGUGCGGUACCAAGACCGUAGCUGCGUACACGUGCUACGGACACUGGAAGAACGAAAAUACCGGCGUCAACUACGUGAUAUCCACGCCACAGGGACGAUCGGCUACCAAUUCCAGACGAUACUGUUUCAUCAUGUCACAAGUGAACGGAAUGGCUCAGCAAAUGUUGCACAUCGCCUCGGUGAUGGAAUCGUGCCAUCCGCACCCGCUGGGUCGGCUACACUGGGCGUUUAACAUAACGCACCAAGGUGUGUGCAGUUCCGAAUCCAGCAGCGCCAUCGUUUCCGGCUUACCGGUCCUAGUCCUAUUUGCAGCCCUGCUGGCCGCCAUAGUCAAUCGCCGGUGAUCAUCGUCGUCGUCAGCAGUCGUGUCGGCCGGCCGGCCGCUAGACAUUUAGAGGAGGCUCGCGCCAAUGUUAAAACGAAAACCAAGACCACGUCGCUAAAAAAAAAAUAAAAAA